GUUGUGAGCUCUUUAAGGUUUUUCAGCCUGUCUCUGUCAUUGCUUCACAGAACUGAGAACAUGGAGAUCCCGUCUGCUGGUCCUCUGCUGCUCAUCCUGCUGGUGCUGCAGGUCGAGGCUCAGGAGGAGAUUAAAUACUUUGAGAUCGGCGGGUCGCUGGUUCUGGACCCCAAGGUGUCAGAACCGAUCACCAGCCUCACCUGGAAGCACAACGGGAACAUCCAGGCUGAAUGGAUCAAAGAUAAGGUUCCGCUGGAAUAUCUGGGGUACUUUAAGGGUCUAUCAGAAGUGGACCUGACCACCGGGGUUCUGACCAUCUCCAACAUGUUGAAGGCAGAUGAGGGGACCUUCAAUAUGGAGAUCAACGGCCGAGAACUCCCGGGGAGGUUCAGAGUGGUGGGGGUGAAGAAUCUGCAAACAGUCAUGGUUGAAGUCAUGACCCCUACAGAGUGCACCAGAGCCUCUCUCAACUGCACGCUGGAAUGUGGAGGCGACUUCAGCGAUGCCGGACCCGUCCAGUACUUCUGGAAGAAAGGAGACACUGGACCGUGGGAGGAGAACGAAAAGACAAUCACCAUUCCCAACACCGAGGAAAUCCUGUGCUUUAAGAGCUUCAGCUGCAAGGUGGAGAACCCCGUCAGUGAGAAGGAGAGCAACCCGGCGAAGAGCCCGUUCACCAGGGAUCCUUACCGUUUGAAUCUGUGGUUCUCCUGGUUGUUGGGUUCUUUUGGCAGAACAAAAACACCUUCUGCAGGGUGUCGGUGCAGAGACAGAGAGAAUUAUGAAGCUUAGCUUUCCUUUCAGGAAUCUGUUAAUUUCCUUCUGCAUCAGCUGUGUGAUUCCUUCCAUUUAUCUGUUUUAUUCAGUUCUCCCUGAGAGGCGGGGAGCCUUUAUGUAAUUCAGAAAAUAAAAGCUUUGCUUUGAAAAGGAGAAAUGAACGCAUGAAGCUUGUCUGCUGGAGAAAUGCCUCUGCAGCAUUUUCUAUACUUCUGAUUUCUAAACAUUGUUUUAUUCCCAUGUUUUUGCUGAGCAUCAAUAAAAACAGGAAACUCCUG